AGCCGAACAGCCUGGAUGGACCACGACUUUGCACCACCUCCUCCAGAGAUGCAGCCGCACAGGGCUCCAGGCCCCAGAACUUCUUUCUCUCGAAGCCACAUGCUGGGGCGCCAUACCCACCAAAAGCUCACUGGAGAUGUGUCCCCUCUUAUCCCUGCCAUCAAGAAGACUGUCCAUUUGGAUGCCUUCCCCCAAAGCAGUGUCCUACAGACUUCCAGCCAACCAAGCUUUAGAUCCAGGGCCUGGAGUAUGUCCCAACGGGGCACCCUAGGGCCCCUAAGCUCCCUGCCUCCCAAUAGUUUUAUGCCCAGGAAACUCAGCUCUAUUUCUCUAACGAUUCGCCAGAAUGUCCCAGUUCGGCCCCUGGAUGCUUCACUCUCUCAUUGGGAAGAGUUGCCCAAUUUGGGCAGGGAGGCUGUCACCCAUGGAGAAGAGAGGCUGUUCACUUCAAGAUCACCACCCAUGGCCCAAAUUCCAGAGGUCAGGACCUCCUCUGAAGGCCAUGGGAAGCCAGAUCUUACCAAAUCCAACAGGAUACCCUCAGGGGAUAAGCCACUGGUGUCUUCAUGUCUGGCUUUACCGUUCCAAUCUCAGUUUACUCAGAGUUCAGGCCCUGUGGGUCAAGUUCAAACCAGAACCUCUCCAGGAAGAGGCAAAUCCAAGCCCAGGAGUAUUCCCAGAUCCCGAGCGUACCUCCAAAGGGUUGCUACUCCUACAAAUUUGUCUGCCGUGGGCACAAAACUAGAUAUAGCCAGAAAUUUAGGCACAAUGGCCAUCAACAGACCUGAGCUGGCUAUCAAUACGUCCACACCAAACCCAUCUAGAAUGGUCAGAGGCACUGAGCUUCCUAUUCUGGGUGCCAAGAUGGGCAUGACCAUUGACUUACCUAUAGCAUCCAAGGCAGGAAAAGCCACAGAUUCGGUGAUAGCAGGCCCAGCCAAACUAGGCCCUGCCAUGAAUUUAGCUAGAGCAGAGACAACCAAGCCAAGCCAAGUUCUGAAGCUGGUAACUGCAGACUCAGACAACCUGGAAAAUGUCAUGGUUGGGGCGAUGGCAGGCUCGACCAUAGCUUUGGAAAUACCAGAUCAGUUUGAUUUGGGCAUAACCAGGUUGGACACAUCCACGGCUUUGGCUGGAGCCGAUAUAGCCAACCUGGAUACAAUUACAGAUUCUUCUGUGUUGGACACAAGUGGACUGGGUACAGCCCUAGAUUCACUUGUGCCUUUCUGCCCAAUCCCAGCCACUGGUGAGACCAAGCUAGACACCAUCAAUCACCUGACCAUUGACGCUGCCAGCUGUUUUCUAGUGCCAAGCAGAAGCACAGACUCAGGCCAGGACUAUGCCACUGUGGAUGCUGCCACAGACAGUGCCACCAAACCUACCUCGCUGAACCUGGCCAGAGAACCCAAAGGGCUUCCAGAGGCCAGGACGGACGCAGCUAUGUCAGAGCUGGUACCUGAGCCCAGGCCUAAGCCGGCGGUGCCCAUGAAGCCGGUCAGCAUCAACUCUAACCUGCUAGGCUACAUCGGCAUUGACACCAUCAUCGAACAGAUGCGCAAGAAAACCAUGAAGACUGGUUUUGACUUCAACAUCAUGGUCGUUGGCCAGAGUGGACUGGGCAAGUCAACGCUGGUCAACACCCUCUUCAAGUCCCAAGUGAGCCGAAAGGCCUCCAGCUGGACCCGGGAGGAGAAGAUCCCUAAAACAGUCGAGAUCAAAGCGAUUGGGCAUGUGAUAGAGGAAGGCGGUGUCAAAAUGAAGCUGACUGUCAUCGACACACCAGGCUUCGGGGACCAGAUCAACAAUGAAAACUGCUGGGAGCCCAUUGAGAAAUACAUCAAUGAGCAGUAUGAGAAGUUCCUGAAGGAAGAGGUGAACAUCGCCAGGAAGAAACGCAUUCCCGACACUCGUGUCCACUGCUGUCUCUACUUCAUCUCCCCCACAGGACACUCCUUACGACCUCUUGAUCUUGAGUUCAUGAAACACCUCAGCAAAGUGGUGAACAUCAUCCCUGUCAUUGCCAAGGCUGACACCAUGACCCUGGAGGAGAAAUCUGAAUUCAAGCAGAGGGUUCGCAAAGAGCUUGAAGUAAAUGGCAUCGAGUUCUACCCUCAGAAGGAGUUUGAUGAGGAUUUGGAGGACAAGACAGAGAAUGACAAGAUCAGGCAGGAGAGCAUGCCCUUCGCUGUGGUGGGGAGUGAUAAGGAAUACCAAGUGAACGGCAAGAGGGUCCUGGGCAGAAAAACACCCUGGGGGAUCAUCGAAGUGGAGAACCUCAACCAUUGUGAGUUUGCCCUGCUUCGCCACUUCAUCAUCAGGACUCACCUCCAGGACCUCAAAGAAGUAACCCACAACAUCCACUAUGAGACUUACAGGGCCAAGAGGCUCAAUGACAAUGGAGGCCUCCCUCCGGGAGAAGGCCUCCUGGGUACUGUCCUUCCACCUGUGCCAGCUACCCCCUGCCCCACUGCUGAGUGAAGGCCAUUUCAAGCGCUGCUUCUCCCUCAUGCCUUCCAGCUGCCAUUGCUGCAGGGCCGAGCCCCUUUUAAUGCCGUGCUGGCCCAUCCCCACCUCCACAGCCUCUCUCAACCCUCACAGGCGGGAGGGGCCGGCUGCCUCGUUAGGAUAGUAGCUUCCUCCACGUAGCCAAACCACCCCUCUCCUCCUAAUGGAUUGGAGUUCCUGCCAGCCAGCAUUGCCCUGCUCCAUCGUCUGUCAGCAGCCCCCCGCCCAUGCGUAGAGAGAAGGAACUCUGGAGAGCUUCUCCUGCCCUUGCAAGCCCAUACCAGCGACUUGCAACCAUCUUGAAGGGACCCGGUGUUGCUCCCUAGCCGUUCAUCUGCAUGAGUACGCUUCUUGGCUCCCUCAAACGGUCAAGAAAGCAAUUUUUUUUUUCUCUGCUUGUCAAAGUCACUGAGGUCAUCUGUGUGAGCCCUCCUGUGGGACCAGGGUGUCUCCUUCAUUGCUUAAAGGUAUUUAUAAGGAUGAUUCGUUGCAGCUGUUGGGGAGCAAGAGAGCUAGCGUCCCUUAAAAAACAAAAACAAAAACAACAAACCACCACUGGUGGCUGGCCCAGUGUGUGUAUGUAUGUGUGUGUGUAUGUGUAGAGAACCUGUUUACUCCCCCGCUCCCCCCCCCCCCAGUACGGCCAUUUGGGAAAUGGUUUUCCUGAAAAGAUGUUGCCGGGUUUGACUUCCUUAUCCCCAAACUUAAAAAAAAAAAAGUGAAUUAAACACACACACACAAACCACCCCAAACCCACAAGCUAUACACUCUAGGAAGAAAACUAGCACCCCUUUGUACAUUUAGCAAUAAGAGGGAUCUCUUUCCACCUACCCUGACCAUUCCUACGCCCAUCCCCCACCCUAUUAAUGUGAGCAAUGCACUAGCCUGACCACAGGUGGUCGCUAUAGGCUAAUGGAAAAUACUCAAUGGAGGGCCAAGCCCUCAGAUGCAUGAAUGUUCGCGAAUGUUGGCUGCCACUGCCCCAUACACUGGGUCUUUAUAGAACCCUGCCUUGGCCGCCUCACCUGCCAUCACCACCUGGAUACAACUCCCUCAAAGGCUGGUGACUUGUGGGCCAUUCAUCUACAAGUCCCAUUGGAACAAGAGGCCCAAGCCUAGAGGAUGCAGGAAUGACCCGUUUUUUAAAAUGUUAAUUGGUCCCAGCCACUGUUUUUGGUGAUAUUCAAGGUUUAAUUUCCCAGUUGAAAACAAGCCAACAGACACUCAGACUGGUCAUGUAAAUGUUGCUAGCCUCUGUGUUGUACAACUAAACAUUGCUGUUUGAACAAUAA